AUGGUCGCCAAGAUGUUGCCAUCCCCAUGGAUCUCGGCGUCCGUGCUCGUUCUGCUCCUGAGCCUGCACCCGGGUGUCCAUGCCUUCUACCUCCCCGGCACCUUCAUGCACACCUACUCCUCUGGAGAGGCGAUCUCGGCCAAGGUCAACUCGCUCACCUCCAUCGAGACCGAGCUGCCCUUCAGCUACUACAGCCUGCCAUACUGCAAGCCUCCGGAUGGUGUCAAGAAGAGCGCUGAGAACCUUGGUGAGAUCCUCAUGGGUGACCAGAUCGACAACUCCCCAUAUCGCUUCCAAGUUAAUGUCAAUGAGUCAGUAUACCUUUGCACCACGGAUCCGCUCACCAAGGAGCAGGCCGAGCUGCUCAAGAAGAGGGCGCGAGAUCUGUACCAGGUCAACAUGAUACUGGAUAAUUUACCGGUCAUGCGGUUCACUGAGCAGAAUGGGGUGAAGAUCCAGUGGACUGGGUUUCCUGUUGGGUACAACCCGACAGGGAGCAAUGAGGAUUAUAUCAUAAACCACCUCAAGUUCAGAGUCUUGGUCCAUCAGUACCAGGCGCAGGGUGAUGUGGUGGUCACGAGUGAUGAUGGUGUUGCAAUGGUUGAGUCUGAUCGCAAGAGUGGGUUCCAGAUUGUUGGGUUUGAGGUCGUGCCUUGCAGUGUAAGGCGUGAUCCUGAGGCCAUGUCCAAGCUCAAGAUGUAUGACAAGGCCGACUCUGUGAAUUGCCCGUUGGAGCUUGAGAAAUCUCAGGUGAUCCGUGAGAAUGAGCGGAUUACAUUUACCUAUGAGGUUGAGUAUGUCAAGAGCAACAUCAAGUGGCCAUCGAGGUGGGAUGCGUAUCUGAAGAUGGAUGGUGCCAAGGUUCACUGGUUUUCUAUCAUGAACUCGAUGAUGGUUGUCUUCUUCCUGGCUGGUAUUGUGUUUGUCAUAUUCUUGAGGACUGUCCGUAGGGAUCUGACAAGGUAUGAGGAGAUGGACAAGGAAGCACAAGCUCAGAUGAAUGAGGAGCUCUCAGGAUGGAAACUUGUUGUUGGUGAUGUCUUCAGAGAGCCCAGCUGUCCAAAGUUGUUGUGCGUUAUGGUCGCUGAUGGUAUCCAGAUCACUGGUAUGGCAGUUGUUACAAUUGUGUUUGCUGCUCUGGGAUUCCUCUCACCUGCUUCCAGGGGAAUGCUCCUGACCGGAAUGAUCAUUCUCUACCUCUUCCUUGGUAUCAUUGCUGGAUAUGUUGGUGUCCGUGUUUGGAGGACUAUCAAAGGAACCUCAGAAGGGUGGAAAUCUGUUGCUUGGCUGACUGCCUGCUUCUUCCCUGGGAUUGUGUUCAUCAUCCUUACUGUGCUUAACUCCAUUCUGUGGGGCAAGAAGAGCACUGGAGCUCUACCCAUCUCACUGUUCUUCACCCUUCUGGCCCUGUGGUUCUGCAUCUCUGUGCCACUCACACUUAUUGGAGGCUUGCUAGGCACACGUGCUGCAAGCAUCGACUACCCUGUCCGAACCAACCAGAUUCCACGAGAGAUCCCUGAGCGCAAGUUCCCCUCAUGGCUGCUUGUGCUCGGUGCGGGAACAUUGCCUUUUGGUACUCUCUUCAUUGAGCUCUUCUUCAUCCUUUCCAGCAUUUGGUUGGGAAGAUUCUACUAUGUCUUUGGCUUCCUGUUCAUUGUCCUCUUCCUGCUGGUCAUAGUCUGUGGUGAAGUUUCUCUGGUCCUAACCUACAUGCACCUUUGCGUGGAGGACUGGAAAUGGUGGUGGAAGGCCUUCUUUGCUUCUGGCUCUGUUGCAUUCUAUGUGUUCCUCUACUCAAUUAACUACCUGGUGUUCGAUCUCAGGAGCCUGAGUGGACCAGUUUCCGCAACACUCUACCUUGGCUAUUCUCUGAUCAUGGCCCUUGCAAUCAUGCUCUCCACUGGUGCCAUUGGUUUCCUGCUCUCCUUCUACUUCGUCCACUACCUCUUCUCGUCUGUUAAGAUUGAUUAG